AUGAAGAAAUCACUAUAUGGAGUUUUUGGAAAUGAUCAACGAUUGUGGAGCCCAAAUGCUUUCUACAUACAUCUCUUAGCUAGUGGUGCUUAUACAGUUGUGAUGUUUAAUGCUUAUUCCUUACUUGGAGUUGGCUUUUGGCAUGUUAUUCUCAAAGCCGAAUUGGGAAUUUUGGUCCUUCAGUGGGGAAUAGAAUAA